AACAUGCAGCUUUUCACUUCACAAGAUAUUAAAUUAUGGACUGGAGUUGUGUGGAUUAUUGUGAUGUUUUAGUUGUUUAAACUCCCAUUCUGAUGGCAACCAUUGACUGUAGAGGAUCCAUUGGUGAGCAAGUGAUGUAAUGCCGAAUUUCUGCAGAUCUGUUAUGAUGACAACAUAAACUCAUCUACAUCUUGGAUAGUCUGAGUAAUUUUUUUUUUUUUUUUUUUUUUUUUAAGAAAAUCUUCAUUUUGGGGUGGACUAUUCCUUGAUUCCACACUUAAACAUAUACAUUUCAUUGCCUUUGAUAAAAAAUAUCAAGCUGAACAUUAUUUACUUAAAUACAUUUAUUAGAAAUUUGUAUAGAAAAUAUUUUAUCCAUGCAAUGAAAUUCAUAUAUUUUAUUACAUGUGACUCCAUAUUUUAUUAGUGUCCAAACAUUUUUCCAGAGCCAUAUUGUACAAUAUAAUGAGGCCAACAUACUCAUUCAAUGGAAAAUAUUUACCUAUCCACUCUCCUUUCUCAGCCAUUCCACCAUUUCUUCCGAAGUCAAUUAACUAACCUCUGCCAUGUGCUAAAUCUAGUAAAUCAGACUGUGAUGAGGCUGCACAGAUAUUUCUGCUAUGUCCCAUCUUGGUGUAAGUGAUUUCAUCUCUUACUGGGAAGAUGCUUUGCAAUCUUGUUCUCAGUGUGUCCACAGAAAGCCUUUAAGACAGUCACACAAACACAUACUCAUGCUACUGCACAGAAUGGACCAGGGAGCACCUCUGAAGGAAAUCUCAAUAGACAUGGAGAUAAAUGAGGAGGAGGAGGAGGAGGAGGAGGUGUUUUCACUCUUGGAUCAGCGUGAAAUUAAUCCAAAUGAUGCUCCUGGUGUUACAGAAGCGCAAACAAACGGACAGGAUUCAUCGUCUCCUCACAUUAACACAAAGGCUCUCAUCAAGGACAGGGACCCAAAGGGAAUCAACAAGUGUCUUAAGGUGACCUUUGAGGAUGUGCUAGCGGAGCCUGCUUCAGUGAGAAGCUUUGAUAAGGUGUGGCUGUGGAGUCAUGCUCUGUUUGAAGUGUCCCGACUCUGGGUUUACCGCAUCGUUUCCCUGCUGCUCGCGGUCCCCGUGGCUCUGGCUGCAGGCCUUCUCUUUGCUGUCCUCAGCUGUCUACAUAUUUGGCUGAUAGUUCCCAGUGUGCAGCUCUUGGUCAUAAACCUGCACUGGAUAAAGGUGGUCUGGCAUAAUCUGCUGAAGAUUGCAAUCUCCCCCUUCUUCAGAAGUUUUGGAAAGUGCUGUGGAUUCAUCAGGAUUGGUCUGGAAAAUAUUAAUCGCAUUUCAGAACUAAAGAAGCAGCUUUGAAAGUCAAGGGAAUUCUGAAAAUGAUAUCAUGUACAUCAUAUACAUGUAAAUGUCUCUUCGGUUGCAUUUGAUUUUGCAUAUGCAGUUGCAGCAUAUUUGAAACCUGCUUGUUUAAAUUGAGGUGGUUUUUCUCAUUUCAUAAUUUGGCAAUAUAUCUUGGCAAUAUAAAUAGAGUUGUACAGGUCUCUUGUAAUGUAGGAUACGAUUUUUUGUAAUACAGAAGUUGUAAACUAACUAAUGAAUAAGUCUUGCUAAGCUAAUAAUAGCAAUAGAUAUAAUAAUAGAGACAAUAAUAACAAUAAUGUUCAACAAUUUAUACUGAUUUAUAACGAUUCAUAAUUUAUGUUUUAUAACAAAUACUGAAUACUGAAUAAUUGCCAUGUGUUGCUAAAAAUACAAUUACAAAUUAUCAGUCUCAAAAAGACAAAUUUGCACACCAAUGAGGCUUACAUCCAUCCUAUCUACUUUCUUUGUCAUCUUUUUAAUAGUAGUCAUCAUUUAUACCAAUACACUUUAUGAGAUAUUAUGUAUAAAGAUGAGCCUCAAUUCCCUGGUUCACAUUUGAGACACCAAAAUUGCUGGAAGAGGUAAUAAAUGACAUUUACCAAGAUUCCUCCAAGCAUUUAAGAAUGAAUAAAAUAAAAACAAUACGUCUCAUGAGGCAAAAGCUGCUCGUAGGAGAGUUUGUGAAUAAUCUCAUCCUCAUGCUAGGUUUCAUCUAAUCACCUUCUUUAAAAACAGUGGCAAUUACUCAGCUUUGGCCGCUGAAAACAAACACUUUUAGUUACAGAAGAUCUUUACAAGCCUGAGCUUUGCAGAUCAGUAUAGCAGCCAGCUUCUAAUUUUGGCUCACGUUUAAAUAUUCUUCAGUUUCAAAUUUCACUCUGGAUUUAAAUAAGUGCUAGUUAAUUUAGUAUAGAGUAGAACCGCCUGUGGAUCUAUGCUAAGUAAAGACAAGGAUGAUUCAUCGCCACUGUUAUAAACGGUCCCACUGAUAUAAACAGUAGACAGGCAUGUCUGGGUGGGGUAUUUUUGUGCCUCUCUCCCUCAGGACCUGAACCCAUCCCAGCUCACAGAACACUGAAAAUAUUUCUCUAAUUAGCAGAAAGACAUACCACACACACCUCUGGCACAUUUGCAGCCCCCUGUUCCUAUCUUUGGCACAUCUGAGCAAAGAAUGUUCAAAACACCUUCUGUUUUUUUUUUGUUUUUUUGUUUUUUUAAUCUUCUAGUAGUGUCAUUCAUUAUAAAUGGAGUAGACAUAACAAUGUGAUGUAUAGUAAUGGCAGAAUUAUGCAAAUGCUGAAACUGUUACAUUAUUAAUUUAAUCAAUGAAACUAUGAAAAGUGCACAAAAAAUAUGAAAUAAUUUUUACGAAAUAUUUUUUUUUAUCUCAAUGCCAGAACAUAAUAAACAUAUUUCUGUCUUACUUUUAACAGAAAAAUAUACCAGUUUAAUUUUUUCAUGUUUUUUUAUUUAUUUUUUUAUUUUGUCUUGUCUUGUUUGGUUUUGAAUAAGAAAGAAGGGCCUGGAGAUGAGAUAAACUGUUAAAGAUUAAAAUUAUUAAAAAAAAUUCUUAUGAUUUCAAGGAACCAUUUGAAGUAUGUAUUGGACAUUAUUUGAAUAGAACAGGAUAUUUAUAGUUAAC